AUGUCUACAUUAAAUUUGCAGCCAAAUACACAAUUCAACAGUAACAGAGUUCCCUAUGUCAAAACAAGCUUAAUAGAAGUGACCAAUCGCUUACCUGGAAAACCCCCUUGUCGAGUAUUUUUCAAAAAUGAAAGCGAACAGCCUUCAGGCAGCUUCAAAUUGAGAGGCAUUGGGCACUUGGUCAAGCAAUCCAUUGGAAAAGCAAAAGCUGAAGGAGUUGCGCACAAUGAUAUUCACGUUUUUGCAUCAAGUGGUGGUAAUGCUGGACUAGCUGCUGCUUACCUGGCUCAAUACUACAAUGUCAAGUGUACUGUCGUUAUUCCCACAAUUGCAAAACCUAUUAUUCAACAAAAACUACACGAAUAUGGAGCUAAAGUCAUUUUGUUUGGUAAUUCAAUCUAUGAGGCAGAUAAUUAUUUAAAGAGUUUGAUUGAGUCGGCGGCCAAAGGAGUACACCCUAUUUACUGCCAUCCAUUCAACAACCCAGAGAUUUGGACUGGUCAUUCAUCGUUGGUCGAUGAAGUGGCUCAACAACUUGGUCCAAAUAAGCAACAUUUAAAAAGCAUGGUGUGUUCGUUUGGUGGAGGCGGCUUAUACAAUGGAAUUUAUCAGGGGAUGAUUAAUAACAACAUACAAGGAGAUGUUUUGUUGAUUGAGACAGCGCAGGCGCCCACCUUUAGUGAAACAAUCAAGGCAAAAAACAUCAUUACCUUACAGAAUGUCACUUCCUUAGCCACCUCGUUGGCAUGCUCAUACACUACCCAACAGUCUUUGGACUACUAUCAUGACAAGCUGGCUGGAAUCGACACAUUUUUGGAAGUUAUUGAUGACUACGAUGCACUUAGAGCAUGCGUGGCUUAUAAAAAAUGCUGUGGUAAAACUGUGGAGCCGGCUUGUGGUGCUGCUUUAUCGGUUUGUUAUAAUAGAAUAGACUUGUUAUACAAAAGUCUUUCACAUUUACAAGAGGAUGAUAUCUUGGUGAUUGUUGUUUGUGGUGGUUCGUGCACUACCGAUGAUGAUUUGAAACAUUUCGAAACGGCAAUCACAAAGGCAGAAACCAAGCUUUAA